AUGAUAUGGUCUGGUAUUAUAAUUAAACAUUCAAAAGAAGAAGAUGAAGAAAUAUACAAUGAUGAUGAACUUGAUUAUGGUUAUGAAUCAGAAGCAAUGAUUAUUGAACCAGAAGAAUAUAUUCGAUUUCCUCUACCGAAAGCACUUGUUGAUACAACAAAUAUGUCAAAAUCUGAUACAAGUAUUCUUGUACCACGUUCAUUAUUUGAUCGAUCAAAUUUAUUACUCAAUACUCAAUCAUCAUCAUUAUCAACAAAUACCUUAAAUAAAUCAAAACAAACACCAAUUAAUAAUAAUAAAAUAUUUCCAUCAAACAUUCCAAUACCAAUAACACCACAAGCUAAUAUUAAAGCUCGUCAAUUAUAUGUUAACAAUGGUACAACAACUACUCCACUUCCAAAUUCUUCAAAUACAAAUGUUAUUGUUUCAGCAUCAACAUCAUCACGUACGAUUAAACUCGAAGAAAUGCUUUCAAAAGAUAAUUUUCAAGGUUUACUUGAAAUUGAUAAUAGUGAUUGGCUUAUAUCCGAAGAUUAUAAAGUCUUAGAUACAAUUCAAAAUAUUCAACAAUUACCAUUAACAUCAAUGUCAUUUUCAAGUACAUCAAAUGCAAAUAAACCUCAAUCUAUUUUACCAAAUUCAUCAUUAUCAUCAUCAUCACAAUUAUUACCAUCAUCAACAACACAAACAACAACAGCAACAACAACAUCACCAUCAUCAUCAUCAUCAAUUGUUAAUAAUACAACAAAUGCAUUAACACAAAAUUGGGAUUUCAUAUCGGAUAUCGUUAAUCGUUAUUCACGUGUAUUACGUACACCAAAACAAUGUAAACAUCGUUUUGAACAAGUUAUUGGACCACGUGAAGAAGGUCGUGUUGUUUAUGAUUUAAUUAAAAAAAAGAAACAUGUUAUUAAAGGAACUGUAAAAAUGUCAGAUGAUAAUUGGCAAAUGUUACGUACAAAUCAAUUAUUUAUUCAUGAUAAUUGUCAAAAAUUAUUACAAAUUUAUCAUCAAAAAUUAGAUACUAUUUCACAAUUUGAACAACAAAUAUCACCAAUGAUUUAUUUAAAUAAAUUUAAACAAAUACAAGUAGCUCAAGCUGCACAUCAUCAAACAAGAGGUUUAAAACAAGGUGUACUUUUACAAGAAAAUAAUAUUAAUAUUGAUGUACCAUUAACACCAAGUGAUGUAUCAUAUCAACGAUCAGAACGAGAAAAAGAAUUGAAACAACAACAAUCAACACAAACUAUUACUGGAAAUGUUCAUCAACAACAACAAAUUUCAAUUACACAAAAUAAUAUUGAUAAUAUCAAACAACAAACACCUCCUCCUAAUGCAACAUUAACAUCAACAAUUAAUACUCGAAUUCGACCAUCAACAAUAAAUACUACACCAACACCAAUUAAUUCAUCUCCUUCACCUUCUCUUUCACUUAUUCAAUCACCUUCACCAUCAAGUUCUCCUACAAUUCAACGAUCAAUUUCGAAUAAUAUUAUUGUUGCAAGUAAUAAUCAUUCAAAUAUGAAUCCAACUCGUUCUCAAAGUAAUAUUUUACCAUCUCGAACUAAUUUAUCAUCUUCAACAACAGCAUCAAUCAAUUCAAUGUCUUCAUCAAAUCAACCAUCUAUUCCAACAGCUACUAUUUUACCUGGACAAAGACAAGUACAAGUUUUACCACCGAAUAAUAAUUUAACAAAUGAAACAAAUUCUUUACAACAAAAACAAGUCGGAACAGUUCAAAUUUCAUCUAAUGAAUAUCGUCACGUACGAGCUCUUUCUCAUCAACACCCAACAACAACAACAACAACAACAACAUCGACAGUAAAUCCAUCACCAACAUCAACUAAUAUUCAAGUUCGAGCACCAAAUUAUCAACGAAGUCAAAGUCAAACGACUCCGUUAACUACUCUUGAAGUUCGUUCACAACUUCCACCAUCUCCAAAAUCUCAACAACAGCAACAAACACAAACACGACCAUCGUCAACAGCUUCACGUACAUCAUCCGUUACACAAACACAAGUUGAUUAUCUUAUUCAAUCACAAGCAAAAUCUCUCGCUUCGUCAACUCCUCCAUCAACUCUUCCGGUUGCUGUUGUUCGUCCGGUACAACACUCAUCAACAUCUAUUGCUCCAACAAUAUCAUCUUCAUCUCCAACAUCACCAUUAAAUAUUUCUUCUUUGAAUGUAACAAUACCUUCAAAUAAAUUAACAACAAAUACAACAACAACUACUACAACAAAUAAUCCUACUCAACAAUUACGAACUGCAACUGCAUUUUUACCAAAUUCAACACCAUCGUCAUCUCAAGUACAACAAGCAACACAACAAAUUCGACAAUUAUUUACAAAUUCUGGUAAUAAUUCACUUCAAACACAACAAACAACCCAUGCACAAAGAUUAACUGAAACUGCUCAACGUUCACCAAGUAGUAUUCAACAAAUAAUUGCUUCUCGUACAGCAUCUCUUCCUGGCCAAGUUCGUAAUGUUCGUAUUCUAACAUUUACACCUGGAACUAAUCCAACAACAGGCAUUGCUGAUACAACAACAACAAAUACUCAACAAACACCUAUACAAUCAACUAAUAUAACAUAUAAUCGUGCAGGUUCAUCGACAUCAUCAUUUCAACGUUCAACUAUUAAUAUUGAUCAAGAUAUUUCACCUGAUUUAGCUGCUCAUGUACAUCGUAUUAAAUCAUUUAAUGUGACAAAUACAGAUCCAAAUGAUACAACACAAACACCACGUGCUGUACUUGUACCAGCACGAACGAUAUCUGGUUCAUCAACAUCAUCAGCAUCAUCAGUUGGUUCAACAUCAAAAAUAAAAUCAUCAUCACUUAUUGAUUCAGCAACACUUGGUUUUACAACGAAAACAUCUCAAGCUAAUAUUGUAUUUCAAUUACCAUCAUCAACAUCAACAACAAUAGGAGGUGAUGAACAAACAACAAUGAAUUCAUCUAAUUUAGCACGACACAAUUUAUUACAACAUUUAAAUUUAAUACAAUCAACUAUGAAUCAACGAGCACAAUCACCAACAACUAUUUCAAGUACAACUAAUUCAAUAACUUUUAAUCGUCUACUUCAACAAUGUCAAAUACGUACUGCAGCUACACUUAAUUCUUCAACAUCAGCAACACAAAUAUCAUCGGGACAAACGAAUAACGAACAAAUAUCAUCAUCAUCUCCUCCUCCACCACCACCACCAUCUGCUUCUUCUUCUUCUUCUUCUACGACUUGA